AUGAACGCCACUUCGGCCCUGCUCAAGUCGUCCUCCUCCUCUACCCGCUGGCUCUCCCGCCAAACACGCGACCCGUUCGUCCGUUCCCGCGGUGGGUCAUACCGCGCUCGCUCGGCGUUCAAGCUCAAAGAUCUCGCGACAAAGCACCCGAUCCUUGGCCGGCGCGUCGUCGACCUGGGCGCAGCUCCUGGGGGAUGGAGCCAAGUCGCAGCUGAGCGGCAACAACAAUAUCGGGGGAAGGGGAUUGUGGUGGCUGUUGACCUGCUGCCGAUGGAGGUGAUGCGGGGAGUGGAGGUUGUGACGGGAGAUUUCUUCGAGCCAGCGGUUCAAAGUCGGGUGCUGGAACUUUUGCGGGCGGCACCAACCAAGACACCGACCGCGGCUCGAACCGCAUGGGGGAUGCGGGUCAGCAAGGAGGGCGAGGACGAGACGGGUUUAGAGGGUGAGGGAACGGUCGCAGGAGAGGAAGGAGAGACAGUUGAAGCGGGGAAGGAGGUCAAUUUCGGCCUAGCCGACUGCGUCCUUAGCGAUAUGAUGGCGCCUAUGAGCGGGAUUCGCGAUCGUGACGUUGCCGCCUCACUCGACCUCGUUUCCGCCGCCACAUGGUUCGCACACCAGGUCCUUCGCCCCAAGGACGAGGAGCACUCUGGUGGAUCCCUCGUCCUCAAGUUCUUCAUGCAUCCCGACCUUGUGGAUUUUCGGAAGAAACAGCUCGAACCCUACUUCUCCAAGGUCGUCACGGAUAAGCCAGCCAGCAGCCGCAAGGAGAGCGCUGAGGCGUACUGGGUGUGUCUUGGAUACAAGGGGGGAUGGGAGCCAGAGGCAUGA